AUGGGAAAUGUUGCUAUAAAAAGAGCAAUUUACAGAAAUAGGUGCAAAGUGUUACUUUCUAAACUGUACUUCAAUUUCCCUGAGAAACCAGACACAGCUGUUAAGCUUUACUACCUAGAGUCAAUAGUCGCUUGUCUGAGAAACACUUUUCAGAAAGCGAAGUCGGAAAGUACAGCACAAAGCAUUGACAGGUCUAUGGUAAAGUUCAAAGGAAGGUCAGCCUUGAAACAAUACCUUCCUAUGAAGCCAGUGAAGCAUGGGAUAAAGAUAUGGAUGAGGAGUGAUUCUGUAACAGGCUACAUAUAUGACUUCAACAUAUAUUGUGGAAAGGAUGCAAAUAAUUUGGAUGGCACAUUGGCUGUUGGUACAUGUAUGGCUAACAGGAAAAAUGUGCCAAAGUCAACAAAGAAACUUACUCGGGGGGAAUGUGAGUUUCUUUGCAAUUUGUCUGGUAUGUUGUGGUUUAAAUGGCAGGACACUAUAGAAGUAAUUUUGGUCAGUAACUGUCAUUCUAAUGAUGUAUGUACAGUGAACAGAAAAGCAAAAGAUGGAUCUAAAUUGGUUGUAGAAUGUCUAGUGGCACUGAAAACUUAUAACGAGUAUAUGGGUGGCGUGGACCUAGCUGAUCAGUUGAGUACACUGUAUGAUUUAGACAGAAAAUCUGAGAAAUGA